AUGCUUUUGCGCUGGCUGCAGCUGUCACCGUGCCUCGUACUCUUCUGGCUGUGCUCCGCCAGCAACGCCCUGUGCCCGUCCAUCUGCAGCUGCAAAGUGACCGAGAGAGGCCGCCGCAAAGUCUUGUGCAACGAGGGCGGAAUGCGCGACCCCAUCCCCACCUCCGAGAUGGACGCCUCCACCCAAGUCCUGGACAUCUCGGCCCCCGACGACGGGCUCCGGAACGCGCUCACCAUAUCGCCCAUCUUCCAGCAUCUCAAGAGGCUCGAGGAGCUCCGCAUCAGGAAAUCCAACGUACGCCAGAUAGGGAUGCACCCGUUCUGGGGUGUGCCCUCCCUCAAGUUACUAGAUCUGACACUGAAUAAUAUCGGUGCUGUGCUCGAUCACAACUUCCGCGGUUUGGUGAAUUUGGUGGAGUUGAAUUUGGACGAUAACAGAAUAAAAAGUUUGCAAAACGGUGUUUUUAAGUAUUUAACUGAGUUAAGGAUAUUGACUUUGCAGAGGAAUUUGAUCGAUGAAUUAGUGCCUCGGCUGUUUUUAAAACUCGGAAAACUACACGUGCUCAAACUUAGUGGGAAUACUUUCGACGAACUUAACCCUGAAGUGUUCAAGGACAUUCCGGAACUCCGCGUCCUGGAAUGCCGCGCCUGCGGCCUCCGCUACAUCAACACCCAAAUCUACCACUUGCUGCCUUAUCUCGCCCACGUCGACCUCGGCGACAACCGGAUACAGUUCAUCUCGUCCGACGAGUUCCACGACCUGCACCACCUCCACAGCCUGCGCCUCGACGGCAACAUGCUGCCUGUCGUCCUCGAGAAGACCUUCAUCCACCAGCACGAGCUCAAGUACCUCUGCCUGGCCCGCAACCGCCUCGCCAAGAUCACCAACACCGCGUUCCUCAACCUCUCCAGCCUCGUGGACCUCGACAUCGGCUACAACAAGCUCGACAAGAUCGAGAUGGUGGCCUUCCAGCACGUCGCCGACACCCUCCAAAGGCUCGUGAUCAGCGGCAACCGCUUCGGCGCGCUCGUGAUAAAGGACAUCCUCAACACUGUGCACAACGUGCGGGACCUGGAGCUGGCGAGCAUGAAGUUGAUGCAUUUGGCGAAGGGGCUGGUGCCGGACAGGGUGCGGAGGCUCAACGUGUCGGCCAACAACCUCACGGAGCUGGAGGCGGCGGCGCUGCCCAAGCAGCUGGCUGAGCUGGACGUGAGCGGCAACAAGCUGGAGGGGCUCUCGGAGGCGGCGGUGGUCAAACUGCAAAGUUUACGGGCUGUGGAUUGGGGCGGGAAUUCGUGGAGCUGUCGCUUGUGCCACUUGGGAGCGGCUGUGCUGCGCUCGAAUCGCUCGGAAACGUUCACGAACAUCACGUGUGCCUCGCCGAAGAAACUUAAAGGGAGAGUGUUGUCGAGUUUGCGAUUGGAGGACUUGGGGGUUUGUAAAAAUCCGGGAGACGAAGGGUCGUUGGAUCACAAAGUGAUUCUGGUGGUGGGAAUAGCGAGUUUGCUCGUGUUCGUCAUAGUUUGCAUAAUCUUCGUAGUUUCGUACUUGCGACGACGCGCAACGAAUUCCAUGCAGGAGCAGAAGAGGAUGGCGGAGAUGCAGCAGGAGAAUAGUUUGGACCAUCCGAUAGCGAUUUUCGCCAAGGGCGAGAUCAGUUUUAAGUUUCCGCUGGACUUGACGGAGAGGAAAGUGGAGGUCUCGACGAUUGACGAGAUCAAGAAAGAUACACAGACUCUGCCGAACGGGACGGGGAUUUGA